AACAAAACGACAUGCAAUGCUCGGAUCCCCGUCGCAUGCGAGGGUCUAUCAUUUAAAGACAAACGACAUAUCGUUCUUAGGGAGGAGGAUCCCUUUUCUCCUCUUGAAAGCAGGUUUCUUUGUCUGUAUUCCUCAUCCACACAGGCUGUCCGAAACCAAAAUCAAUACAAGACGAGCUUCGGCUAGGGUUUACAGAGGACUCGGAGAAAUCGAACCGAUGGGACACCACGGCGCUAUAGAGACGGCGAAGACGGUCAUCGAGGUGGCCGACGUCGCCUGGAAAGCCAUGGAAUUUACCCAGCACCAUCAACUCCACAGCCAGAACCAUGAAAAUCACGAAAAAGACGCCAAGAAUCCUACAAUAGACGAUGAAUUGGAGUCCUUAAGAUCCGAAAAUCAGCGUCUCAGAAACCAGCUAGAGAAAAAUUUACAACUUCUCCGAAAUUUAUCCGAAUCGCCUUGCUUGUUAAAUGAUUGCCCCCCUGAUCUAUACACCCGCCUAGUUGCUACUGUGGAUUCUGAGAACUUCUUGGCUCGACUUAAAUCCCUUCAGCAAGCAUCAGCUAACAAAACUAUGAUUGAAUUCCCUUUCAAAGAGGCUACAGGGGAUGAUAUUCAUUCUGCUGAAAUUCUGAUCAAUGUCUCUCAUGAAGAACCUAGUUGGUGGGUCUGGGUCACGGAAGAAAUGGUUCCCAACCAUGUUGAAGAACCGAGUGGAAUUGAUGACGAGAAUUAUGUAGUUGUUACUGAGGAACAUGUGGUGGAUGGGGUUGCCAACUUUAUGGUUAAAUGCAUUUUGUCAAAUCCAAAGGCUUUGAAUAUGACACCUGAGGAGCUGCAGAAAACUGUGGCAAAAGCAUUGGAGGGUGUGAGCAAAUUUGAGAAGAUAUUAGAUAUUUGGCAUGCGGGACAGCUGUUUUAUACCUUGGCUACCUGGGGACUUGCACUGUGGGGGUUGUAUCGGAGUCGAGCUGUACUAAGAGUUGCUGCAAAGGGUGUUCACGCAACUGGCAAAGUCAUUUUAAAGGCACUCUGAAGAAAGCCGCUCCACUGCAAUGAGCAAAAUAAAUUGUAAAUAUGUAAUUGUACUGCGUAUUAUGUGGGACCUUCUAGUGUCAUCCUGUGUGCAAAUUCCAUUUAAUUCCUCCACUUCUCUGGCAAUGUAAAUAGUAUUGGUUUCAACUGCUACUCAAUUGAAUUGAUUGAUUUGAAUUA